AUUUGGCUGCUAUUUUUUGCAGAUUGCUCGACCAUGUAGAGGUUCUUUUGUCGACAACUUCCUAUGGAAGUCAUACCUUAUCUCGGUUAAUCCGGUAUUUUUGUAUGUGUGUGUGUGUGUGUGAUACAUAAGCCAUAAAUAUGUGCUGUGUGUGUGUGUAAGCAAUCUUAGUUAAGUUGUAAGUUGUGACGUACAUAAUUUGGAGAAGACGAAGAAAGAAAUGAAGAAUUUGGAAAGAUAGGAUUGGUGUAUAUCGUACGGAAUAUUAUUAGAUGAGUUGUACGGUGUGUACGGAUUGUGCAGAAAAACAGUGUUGUAUAAGUUUUGAAAUUCUAGGAAACCGAAGAAGCAAAAGAAAAAAGAAAGAAGCAAAACAAUGUGUAGCGGCUGCGAAAGUGUGACGAUGUUCACCGAGGCCAGAAGUAGUUGUGACGCCAUAGAGCACUUAGAAGUGACGUUGGAAUUAUAAUUCAUUGCUAAGAAAUAAUAAUAAAAAAACAUGUUGGGGUUUAAAAGUCUAGAUUUAGGUCCACCAUUCUCGACGAUUGUUUUUUUAUAUGGAAUCCUAUGGUGUUAGUGCUACUCAUAUUGACGACGAUUAAUCGGUGCUAGGCAUUAUUGAAUAUAUCACGUGUGUUGGAACUUCCCUGUUUUCGGGGAAAUUAACUUCUCUCGGGGGCACCGACCCAACUUUUUAUGUCGUCUAUAGAAAAACCUGUUCUUCUUAAUGGUUUUCUUGCUGGGUUUUCUUGCUGAUGUAUUCCUUGAAGAACUGAAAAUAAUUUAUACUGGAAUUAUAUUUUACUUGAAGCAAACCCCCAUGCCAGCUUGGAAGGCAGAUGUUCAACGAUGAUGAAACUGAGGAGAAUUUUAAUCUGAAUUGUGACUUUGUGAUAAAAUAUAAGCUUAUAUUUUUCUCCUUCAAAUUAGUCCUGAUCUUGUUUUUGUCUCACACAUGAAGAUUAUGCUUGCAAAUUAUUUCUCAACAAUCUAUUUCUAUAAUGACUAUAUUCUACUGGAACAACUGUUGUGUUGAUUGAGACUUUUCUACUGAAAAUAUUAUUGUAGUCUCUUUUACCAAGACAGUUAUGAAAAUGUCAUUUACCAUUCUUAGAAUCUGCACAAAGUGUCCUUUUACAGAAAAUGUUUUAAAACUUGAAAAAUUUUGGAAAAGCAGUUUCACUUAAAAAUUUGAUAUUAAAUAGGAUUGUCAUCUUAAACCAGAAAGCAAAAUCUAAAUUUAUUUUUCUAUUUUCUGAUGUUAAAAAACAAUUGUCAAUGGAGAAAACACACCAUUGUGAAGUUUGUGGAAAAAGAUUUCCCAAAAGAUUUCAGUUGUCUCGUCAUAUACGGACACACACUGGAGAGAAACCUUACCAAUGUGACUUCUGUGAUAAAUCGUUUGCUCACAAUAGUACGUUAUCUACUCAUAAAAGAACACACACAGGUGAGAGACCAUUUCCCUGUGAUGUUUGUGGAAGGAAAUUCAUUGACAAUUGGAAUUUGGUAAGCCAUAAACGAACCCACACUGGGGAAAAGCCUUAUCGAUGUGAAGUCUGUGGGAAAAUGUUCUCCCAAAAUGGCAUUUUAGCGAGCCACAAACGGACCCAUACUGGAGAUAAGCCGUAUCACUGUGAUUUUUGCAAUCGAAAAUUUUCUGAACGUGGAAAUUUAGCACGACACAAACUACUUCACACUGGAGAAAAACCUUACAAUUGUGAUAUUUGUGGUGAAAGUUUCUGUCAUUAUAAUAGCUUUUCUACUCAUAAACAGACUCAUGCAGGGAAAAAAUUAUUUCAGUGUGAAAUUUGUGGUAAAGAAUUCCCUCAUAAUAGUCAACUAUCUAGUCAUAAUCGCAUACAUACAGGUGAAAAACCAUACUCUUGCGAAAUAUGUGGUAAGGCAUUUGGUAAAAAGAUCAACUUAUAUUACCACAAAAGGACCCAUACUGGAGAAAAACCUUACAGCUGUGACGUUUGUGGCAAAAAAUUUACCCAAAGAUGUUAUUUACCUGUUCACAAACGAAUUCACACUGGGGAAAAACCGUAUCCAUGUGAAAUCUGUGAUAAAAAGUUCUCCCUCAAAAGUCAGUUAAAUACUCACAGACGAAUUCACACAGGUGAGAAACCAUUUCCCUGUGAAAUUUGCGGCAAGUCAUUUGCUCAAAGUGCCACUCUCACUAACCACAGACGAAUUCAUACAGGUGAGAAACUCUAUCAUUGUGAAACGUGCGGAAAAGCAUUCACUCAACGCAGUAUCCUAUUCAAUCACAAACAAAUACAUGCUAAGGAAAAACCAUUCCACUGUGAAAUUUGUGGCAAAAAAUUCACUCAAAAUGGUUACUUAACCAUUCACAAACGGUCCCACACAGGAGAAAGACCCUAUCCUUGUGAAUUUUGUGGUAAGACAUUUGCUCAGGGUUCUACCUUACGUAAUCAUAGACUUCUUCAUACAGGUGAGAAAAUGCAUGUUUGUACCAUCUGUGGUAAGAAAUUCACCCAACGCAGUUCAUUAUCCACCCACAGCCAUUUACAUGCUGAAAUAAAACCGCAUCGCUGUGAUAUAUGUGGCAAAAGCUUCUGCUUAGCUGUCUACCUGUCUCGUCACAAAAGAAGACACAAGAAACAUAACCUUACCUAAACUUCAGCUCAUUCUCUGUUUGAGAGGAUUUAUUUUAAUGAAAGAGAUUUUUGUUUUCAUUCAGUAUCAUUUAAUUACAUUUUCUGAAAAAUAGUUCAAAAUUUAUUUCAUUGAUAAAUAAGAGGGAUUGAUUUCUUUUCCUGAGGUUCAACACUGGACUGCCUGGUAUCUUAGAGUUCUGAUUAUUAUUUCCUUGUGUUCAGAUAUUACAGCAGGCUGCGCUUCAAGCACAAUCCAUGGGGUUUAAUAAACCUAAUUGGAAAAUAAAUACUACAUCAUCACUGGUUAACAUCUAUUCUAAAUAUUGAUUCAGCUUCCAAAGUAUUCCUGUAAAUUCCAGGAAAGUGUUGCUGCCACAGACUGAAAAUAUUUGGAAACCUGUAUGGAGACAGUUGUAACCAGGAAGUCUUUAACUCACAUCCUUGGGUGGCCAGAAACUGAGAAAGUCCAUCAGACUGACUAUAUUUGCCAUACAAAUGGUCAGCCUUAUCAGUCACCAUGUUGAAGAACACCUGUAAAUGAGGUGUGAUUGAUCAAUAUUCAAUAAUUUAUCGAACCUGAGUACCAAGGUUGAGUUUAUAAACAGCAACAUGUGUUUAAUAUUUUGAGUUUAAAUGGCAGUGAAGAUGAUGAAACAGUAUUUGGUUUCAUCCUCCUAGGUUCUGAGUUCAAACCCUGCUUAAUUUCAUUAUAUUUCACUAAGUUUAGAGUUAAUAAAAUAAGAAGUGGUGAUAUACUGAAGUUGAUUCAGUGAAAUUAGUCAAUCUGUUUGAGAAACUGGUCUUAUAUCUAAGCAGAAAGCCUCUACGGUUUGCUAGUUAACCCUUGCAAUACCAUAUUUCUGUUGGAAUACAGUAUUUGUGUCCAUUAAAUUUGAAAAAAUGAAUUUAGUAAAAUAAAUUUGUCAUUAUUGAGCUGGUUUGGAACAUAAGUUAAGAUUUACUUUUGGAAGGUUUUAACUGAGAUCAUCUUAAAAGAGAAGUUUGUAUCAUAGGACCAGAGGUGAGUCUGAGGCAGGUUUCAAAAUGCUUCAGAAUACUUGAUGGUUAAAAAUACUCUUCUAUAAUGCAUUUACAUGUUUAUCCAAAUUUCAGAACCUCCCCUACUCCUUUGCUAAUACAGAUUAUAUGAAAUACCAAUAUAUUAUUUAAUGCAAUCAGUAUUUAAAUUAAGAGCUAGUGAUAGCUUCUUGCCAUAAAGACACAGAGAUUAAGCAGAUUGAUAACAUGCCUUGUGUCUCCAAGCAGUCUCCAGGCUCAGAGCACAUGGUUAGUUAAUGUGGACAUUAAAUGAUAUUUAUCUCUCACUGGAUGGAAUACAUAUUUUUUGUUGAUCCUACCUCAAUGGAACAGUAAACUAAAUAUCUAUCUAUAUGUAUGUAUAUACAUAUAUUAAUAAAUACAUAUGUGAAAAAGCAACUGUAAAUGAAACUAUAAAAAUGGCAGGAAUUAAAUGAUAAGAGGAACUUAACUAAAAGAUGUUUUUGUAGAUUAAGAAUUGUGUGUACAGCUUGAUGUGAUCCCAUCUUUGUUAUUGAAAUACAAUCAAACAACCAUGAACAUCAAUUUUAUUAAAGUGUUCUGUUUCAUA